AUGGCUAUUAGAGAAAAUCCUAGAAUUUCCCCUCUAACGCCGUCAACAAUAGUGGAUUCCCCGAUGCCUUCACCAAUGAUGGCUCCUCCAAUGUAUUCUCCAGUGUUUCCUCCAACGACACAACAAAUGGAACCUUCAACAGAUAUUCCUCCAAUUGGUGUAGCAACGUCAAUGAAUAACCCUACAGAGGAUAUCCCUUCAAUUGAUGUAUCAACGUCAAUGAAUAACAAUCCAAAUAACUCUGAUGCCCUAUCACCUAGUCCUACAUUAUCUGGAGGCUAUCUUGCAUGGAAUUUUGAGGAGAAAAUCUUGGAAGUUUCAAAAUCUGCUUUUGGCACGUCGUUAGAGGACCGAGCACCAGCUACCUCUAUGAAUAGAUCGAGCUUGUUGCAGUCAGCUUCGGAGACUAGGGUGAGGAUGGUUCGUAUGCACGGUAUCACUAGUCGUGAUAAUGCCCCAAGGCUUGGCAUGCCUAGAGGUCAUCCUUAUGGGACAGGGAGGGGAGCAGCACCAGCUCCCAACCCAAAGAUAGAGUUGGAGCUGGUAGAGGAGCAUCAGGAUACUCCUAUUCCUAUGCAGCCAGAGGGACCACCACCACCAGCACAGCCCCCAACUACACCAGUUAUGACCCCAGCACUAUAG